ACGGUCGCGCCUACGGGUACACUCACUCAGAUCACCCUCACGAUCAAAAGGGGUCGUCAUUAACUGGUGAUUUACGCACAUUUGCUGGACGUUCUGUUCAAUCCCAACAGCAAGCCCUGAGAAGUCAGACGGUACCAGAUGCCUGGUCGCCUGCUGAGGCCUUCCCCUCUGUCUGCGCCUGUGGUGACUCAUGCAUGUGUCCUGGAUGUACCUUGCACAACAAUCCACCAAUAACCGGUGGGGCUACCUAUGCCUCGUGCAGUAACCCAUCCACCUGCGCCUUUUGUCUCGAUUGCACCAUAUUGUCCAUACCAGCAGGCAAUCCGCCUCCUAACAUUGACUCAUCCUCUGAUCCAUCACAAUCGCAAGAAUUUGAUGAAUGGCUCAGACAAGUCGCACUUAGCCCGGGCAUCUCAAAUUCCCAACCGAACUUCAACCCGUAUGAACUGACCACGCCUCAAAUACAGUCCUAUCAAAACGGAAGACCGCGGUUACCUGAAACUCCGUCUCCGCCGGCAGAGUGCUGCGGUGGGCGGUGUAAAUGUCCUCGUAAUUCUUGUGCUUGCCUUCCAGACUGCUGUGGGUGCUGUCUAGGUUGUCAGUGUGAUAAUCACUGUAAUGACGCGCGGUCGCGAACGACGUUUGCGGUAUCUGGUGAACGGGGUUUGUGUUGCAGAAAGGCUGACUCAAAUACGAACGCUCCUUCAGCUGGGAGGCGCCUCCCUGAUUUCAUGGCUAUGACGAAUAUCCGUGAUCAGUCGUCUGCCUCCGGGGCGGGCGGUCAAGGGUACUAUGGUCAGCAGGGAGCAUUUGUGGAUUACUCCGAGGCUCCGAGUCGAUCGUCCUCCGGUUCGUCCUUGUCAAGUCGUAUGCCCACGAGACCUCCAUCCGGACCGUUUUCACGAUCUUCUAGGAUUCUAGGCUGCUGGGGCAGAGUGGCCCGAAUUCCAGUAGUAGAUCGCCGCCGGCGCACGUCGGACCUUCCGGGAGUACCCGUGGUUUUGCUACCUAUGCGGAGUCCGAAAGGACUCGUGGGGCUGCAACGUACUCGAACUAUAACCCGUCGCUGGAUGCAAUGCGCUUCGACUAGGGAAGCCUGCCACGGAGUGAAUUCUUAUGGAUCUGAUGCUAUUGCUCUUCUUUCAUUUUUACGUUGUGCUUGUCUACUUCUUGCGGCUCGCUGGUCUACUGAUGGACAUGCAGUGGCCGUGAUUGCCCCUUAUUUAUAUUUUCUUCUCGUUACAUUUUUUUUGCCUUCUCUCGACGCUACGCCUUGCUCGAUGGACGCGAUAGAGACUCGUCUAGAACGUCUACAGAGCUUUUUUCUUCCCAUUACCACACGUAACUUUCCAUGUACCUUGCUACAGCAACAGAUUUUAUAAUUAUCCAUCGUUAGCCGCUCGGUUUGUACGACGGCAUUUACU